CUGCAGCUGAAUGCAGCUCAGUCUCGCACCGCAGGAGGAAGUGCUGCUGGCUUUCUUUUCCUCUUUCUCCCUCGUUUCCUUCCCCUAAACCCUGGGCUGCUCUCAGUCGCUGGUUUUCUCCUGCAGAAUCAGAGCUGUGUUUGGAUUGAACACGUGAAAGAGGAGUAGCAGAAGCCGCUGGAGGAGGACAGACCCCGUCUAGACCUCCUUCUCCAGAGUCAUGGAGAGCGACUCUCUCCCUCCUCCUCCGACCUUCAGCCCGGCCGUGCCUCCCUUCGUCAAGCUGGGGCUGACGGUGGCCUACACCAUCUUCUACUCUCUGCUCUUUGUGUUCGUGUACGUGCAGCUCUGGCUGGUGCUGAGAUACAGACACAAGCGCUUCAGCUACCAGACGGUGUUUCUGUUCUUGUGUCUGCUGUGGGCGGCUCUGCGAGCGCUGCUCUUCUCCUUUUAUUUCAGAGACUGCGUGACCGCAAACACACUCGGACCCUUGUCUUUCUGGCUGCUCUACUGUUUCCCCGUCUGCCUGCAGUUCUUCACCCUCAGCCUCAUGAAUCUGUACUUCGCACAGGUCAUUUUCAAGGCGAAGUCUAAAUAUUCACCAGAACUUCAGAAGUACAGGCUGCCGCUGUACCUGCUCUUCCUGUGCAUCAGCAUCCUCUUCCUGCUAGUGAACCUGACCUGUGCUCUGCUGGUGAAGAUGCAGACGAAGGCCGACACAGAGACUGUAGUGCUGGUGCGUGUGGCCAUCAACGACACGCUGUUCGUCCUCUGCGCCGUCUCACUCUCACUGUGUCUCUAUAAGAUCGCCAAGAUGUCUCUGGCCAACAUCUACCUAGAGUCCAAGGGAACAUCCGUGUGUCAGGUGACUCUGAUCGGAGCGACGGUGAUCCUGCUGUACUCCUCCCGUGCGUGUUAUAACCUCGUGGUGCUGGCACUGGCAAAAGUCAAGAGCAUCCACUCAUUUGACUAUGACUGGUACAACGUAUCAGACCAAGCAGAUCUGAAGUCGAUGUUGGGCGACGCUGGAUAUGUGGUUUUUGGGGUGAUCCUGUUUGUUUGGGAGCUGCUGCCCACUUCACUGGUGGUCUUCAUUUUCAGAGUCCGAAAGCCGGCUCAGGAUCGAAGUGUGUCAGUGAUCCCCGGCCACAUGUUCUCAUCUAGAGCUUAUUUCUUUGACAACCCGCGGCGUUACGACAGCGAUGAUGAUCUCGCGUGGAGUAUCAUCCCACAAAACAUUCAAGCCAGUCUUUCGCCGGACAGUUAUGAUUGGGGUGGUCGAAGCAACAGUUUUACUGCAAAUGUUGAAGGAGAAGAGUCCCAUCUAGCACCAGAGGAGUUGUAUCCCCACUAGAACAUUCCCAAUGAGGAGUGGUAUUAUUUUGCACAUUUCCUAUCACUGAUGGGUAAUAUUUCAUACCACAGAUGCCUUUACUGCUAUUUAUUACGGGAUUUAAUACAACAGUACAGCUUUGGAAGCAAAACUACCAGUAAUUUUCUCCAAGAAGAAAAAGAAAGUAAUGUGCAAAUGUUUCUUUGUGUAAAUGUGAUUUCAAAUGCACUACUCAGAGAUCAAUCAGAUAAGUUUUGCUCACUCCCAUGAUGCAUUGCGAAUUAUUUGAUCGAGUCGACCUCCCUACGUUCUACAUAGUAGUACUUGUAUAUUUAAAUAUUUGUAAGUGUUUGUAGUAAAUAUUUAUAUUUUGUAUUUAAA